AUGUCUGCAAAGCGGCGCACACUCGAAUUGGGCAAUGUGCUGGUGGUUGGAGGCUGCGGGUUUCUGGGGUGGCACAUUGUUGAUCACCUGAUGAAUUUCCCCUCGGAGUCCGACCCCAGCGUUGCACUACCGAAGCCUCAAGGCGAUGCGCGCUUUGAGUAUCCGACCCUGGGAUCUCGAUACCCUGAGUACAAAGCCACCGUGUCUGUCGUUGAUCUGCGCACCACUCAUAACCGUCUGCCCGGCGUGAAUUACUAUGACGGCGACAUUACUUCCGUCGAGUCGAUGCUGGAGGUCUUCCGCGCGGUCAAGCCCGAUCUCAUCAUUCACACUGCCACCCCAUCUGUGCUUGAUGGAAAUAAGCCGCUGCUGUACAAGGUGAACGUUGAGGGAACUCGCACCCUGUUGCAGGUCGCUGGCGGCGAGCACGGUGACUGGGGUGGCAAGUGCAAGGCAUUCGUCUACACCAGUUCCAGCUCUGUGGUGCACGAUACCCAGAGUGAUUUGAAGAACGUGAACGAGGAGUGGCCCUACAUCCGCGGUAAGCUGCAGCAGGAAUAUUACUCCGAGACCAAGGCCGACGCCGAAGAAAUCGUCCUCAAGUACAACCGUCAGUCUCCGACUGGCAUGGUCACCUGCGCUAUUCGCCCGGCUGGCAUCUAUGGCGAGAAGGACACUACCGUGACCCACAAGAUCCUGGAGCACGGCUCGCAGGCCUCGUCGACCGUCCUGAAGAUGCAAUUGGGCGACAAUGACAACCUUUUCGACUUCACCUACGUUGGCAACAUCGCAUACUCGCACAUGCUGGCGGGCGCGCGCCUGCUGGCGACCUACGACCGCUACGAGUCCGGCCAGGGCGGGCCCCUGGAGCAUGAGCGGGUGGACGGCGAGGCGUUCAACAUCACCAAUGAUUCACCCAUUUACUUCUGGGAUGCGACGCGGGCCAUGUGGGCGCUGAUUGACCGUGUCGUCGAGCCGCAGGAUGUCUGGGCGCUGCCGGAGGGUCUGCUCGGCUCCAUUGGCGGGCUGGCCGAGACGGUGCUGGGCCUGUUCGGCAAAACCCCGCGCCUGACGCGCCGGAUGGUGCGCUAUUCCUGCAUGACUCGCUACUACUCCAUUGAGAAGGCGAAGUUCCGUCUGGCGUAUUCUCCGGUCGUGCCUGUGGAUGAGGGCAUCGCCCGUGCCGUUGGCUACGUGGUUGAGUCGAAGCGCCAGGCGGAGGGCAAGAAAGCGUUAUAA